CUUCAAACUAUAUCCACAAGACCAAUCCAAGAUGAAGCAUAUCAAAUGCUCAGGGACUCCUUAUGAAAUCGGGCAACAACAUGGUCAAAAUGCCAAAACUGAAGUGCACGGCAGCAUUGCUUUCUAUGAGGCAUUCUUCAAGGAGAGGACCCAACUCUCAUGGUCGCAAGUCCGUGACGUAGCACGCGCAUUUUCUCCCUUGCUGGAAUCGACUUACCCCCAUUUUAUGGAGGAGAUGAAAGGCGUAGCAGACGGUGCUGGCACGGAUCUGGAUUCCAUCAUUGCGCUCAAUGUGCGCACGGAGAUCGCUUAUGGCAUGCUAAGCGAUGGCUGUACGGCUUUCACCUGGAAGACAUCAGACGAGAGCUUCAUCGCCCAGAAUUGGGAUUGGCGCAUCGAGCAAACCCCAAACAUAAUAUCACUUUCCAUCGAACAGCUGCCAAAGCCAACGAUAAAAAUGAUGACCGAGGGCGGCAUCAUUGGAAAGAUUGGACUGAAUUCGGCCGGAGUGGGAGUCACUUUGAACGCCAUUGCAGCACCUGGGGUAUCGUACAACAAACUUCCGGUGCAUCUUGCUCUGAGAACAGUCCUUGACAGUUCCUCCCGCGAAGAAGCGGCCAAUGCACUGCGGAAAGUCGGAGUGGCCGCAGCCGGUCAUAUCACCAUCGCAGAUGCACCCACGGGCGCUAUCGGCUUCGAAUGUUCUGCUCUUGACAUUGUGGAAAUGCCCAUGGACCAGAGAGGUAUAUGCACUCACUCGAACCAUCUUGUCAAAGAGCACAAAGUGCAAGGUUCUGCAUUUCUUCCUGACUCACCGUUCCGCCUGAUCCGCAUUCAAGAGCUGAUGGGAGGCAUCGACAGACCAAACAUGCAGGCCCUGAGUGAAGUGCUGAAGGAUGAGAAGAAUUACCCAGCUUCAAUUUGUCGAGCUGUGGGUGAAAAGAGUGCAAUGCAGACCCUGUUCUCGAUUGUCAUGGACCUGACGCAAGGUUUUGCCAGAGUCAAGAUGGGUCGGCCAAGCGAGAAUGGAGAAGUCUUUGAAUUGAGACCGUGAACGCGCUGGGUUUCAGUGGAUUUUGGCCUGACAAAGGCAUCCUUCCGCUCUCAAGAAAUGCUGAUGUAUUUGACUUUCCAUCCUUCUACCGUAUGUACAAAUCGCGAUGUGCAGGACCAG